CGCACAACCCCGGGGCCCAUAGAGAUGCCGGUAGGGACCAGGAACUCUGAGCUUCAGCCCCUGGAGGGGACCCUCUUCCGCGGAGCAGUGGCAGCCCCCUCCCCAGCACCCCCUUCGGGCUUCGAGGGGAUGAGCCUGGCCGGCUCCAGCCGUGCCCCUGAGAACACCAGACGUUCCCCCAGGAGGCGCAGGGGCCUCGGCCAGGGGGACGGGCCCCGGGGUCCCUGCGGCGGGUGUCCCCUGCUGCAGUCAGGCUGAGGGACGGAGGGUCCGAGUGGCUGUGCGAUGGCAGUUCCUGGAGAGUGUCGGGGCGGGGGCGGGUCCUGUGGGCUACAGGAACCAUCGGGGCGCGGCCGGGGGGGGGGGUGCUGGUGGUCUGCGAGGGGUCCCGGCCCCUUGCCUGCUCAUGGGACCUCAUCAGAGCUGCGGCAUGAUCGGGGGGGGGGGGGGACAAGGCAGCUCCUUGACAACCCUCUCGUCACGGCCGUGGAGGCCCGUGUGGGGUGAAGGGCUCCUGCCCCCAGCACCGAGCCGCCUUCAGCCUCCAUCCCCGAGCAGACAGAGGAGGGAGAAGCCCCUGCAGAGCCCCUUCCGCCCACCCUGCUGAGGACGUCGGCCCAGUGGGGCAGGGGCCCCAGGCCCGACCCAGCGGGAGAGAGGGGGGCCCUGUCCUUACAAGGUCAGGGCAGAAGGGGCGGAGGAGCCUUGGAGGCGAGGGGCAGGGGCUCAGGCCCCAGAGGCGCAGGUCUCACAGGUGACCCUAACUCGCCCCAGGGUCCCCCUACCCCCACCAGCAGAGGGGCCAGCCCGAGGCCCCCACACGAGGGUCAGCCGCGCAGGAAAUGACUCGCGUCUGCAGGAAUCUCUGGCCUCCCCCGCUGGCCUGGCCGUGGGGACCCGGCAGAUGGGCCCAGGGGCCUGGAGGUGGGCGGCCCGGGCUGUCGCUGCGGCCUGGGAAGCCCCUCCCCCGGGGGGCCUCCCCACAUCUGCCGGGUCCUGGGGAAAGCAGCCAGCCUUCUCCCACGCGGCUCAGACAGCCAUUGGAGAAAUACCAUUGCCAGAUGUUCUGCUUUUUUCCAUGGGAGCCGAGGCCAGCAUGAGCCGGAGCCUCCGGGUCUGGUUCCGACUCUGUCAGCUCUCAGGCCACCGGACAAGACUGAAGGGGGCCGGGGUUCGUGGCCCCCGGUGGGAGGUGGGCCACAUGGACCCCCGCGACUCCAGGUGCAGCUGCGCGGCCCCAGCUUUGGGGCGCGGGUGCGGCGACAGGCCCGGCCUGGAGGCGUCCGGCGUCCCGCGCACAUGCGGCCGCGACUCGCGGGAACACAGAGGAGGCCGUGAGCACAGCUCCCUGACGGGACGGACGGGCUGGCCCGGUCCUACCCUCCCCCAGAACCCAGUCGGGGUCCGGCGACUCUUCCGGAAGGAGCCGGCGGCUCUGCAUGGACAGACGCCGCGCCCUCUGAGCGAGACGGAGCGUCCCCGCGCGCUCGCCAAGCCGCCCUCUAGCGCCUCGUUGCCCUGCUGCGCGGCCCGUCCUUUUCUGAACAAGCCCGUAUUGUGGGGUCUUUGGGGUGUUUCCACGUUUCAGUCCAAAACCCACGCAGUUCGGUGUAAUUUUUGCAAACGAGUGUGUAGGGCGCGUUAACCUGCAUCGUAGACAGCUUAGACGCGGCUCUUCCAGGAUGGUCCCGGCUCCUGCUCACUGACGUGGGCGCCGCCUUGCCAGGCCGCGGGCUCCGUCUGGGGCUGGAGGUGCCAGCUCGGCCUCGCUCUCCCGCGGCGUCUCCCAGCUCACGGGCGGGUGCGCGGCUGGAGGGGGGCCUUGCCAGCAGGGCCUCGACGGCGCCCUUCAGAGGUUGGGCCCUGAGUCAUCACCGGAGGAACUCGCCUGCAGGACCUGUGACUCAGACCUGCUCACCCCGCUCCUCCUCCCUGGCAGCCACCUGGCUGUGACCGGUUGGCCCAGAGGUGCCCCUGGUGCAGGGCCCGCCCUGCUGCAGCCCAAACCCAGCGCCCGACCGGGCCUCCCGUGACUGCCCGUCUCACUGGCUCGAUCUGCUGUCGGCAGAGGGGGGCCGGAAGACGGGACGCCCUGUCCGCAGUGCCUGGAGCCCGGAGCUGGCAGCGUGGGGGCCCCUCACGGCGGAGCCGCCAGGACUCGGCUCCCCUGGGACAAGGACGCAGCUCGGCCACGCUGAGGGCUGGGGCCCCGGCCGGAGUCCCCGCUCAGGGCGCGUGCCCACCGAGGGGCGGGGGCCUGGGCCAGGCUGACCCCCACCAGCUCCAACGUCCACACGCUGCAUGUGUCACCCCUGGAAAAUGUUACUUUCCCUGGUGAAUCAUGUCCCGGACUGGGAGGAAAAUUCACUGGAUAGUUGAGGAUUAAAAAGGAAUCAAGUCGGUCUUUGUUGGGCAGAUGCUAAGAGAGCUGGGUCCUCGGUGUUUACAAAUGAAAGCAGCUUUCUGUCCCCCACGCCCCUGGGGAGGAGGGACCGUUCUGGAAACACCGGCCGGCACCCCACCCACACGCCCGCUGUCACCCGUCAUCCGUCAUCUCGGUGUGGCCCGCAGGUGUCCUGCUGCCUGACUCCUGCCCACAUCCUGCUGGGGGCACCACCCCUCCGAGGCGCACCCCUCAGGGACGCUGACCUGGUGACCAGAGCCAGGGGUCUGGUGGGAGCCCUCCCCUCUGCUUGGUCGUCACCUCCUAGCCCCGGGGAUGUUCCUGCCACCCCCUUCCUGAGGUCCCCUGCUCACUCCCCUGCUGUCCUUCUUGGGCUGGACCCAGGGCCUGUGGGACCCCGACCUGGGGCUGGGGGAGGAUGCCGACCGUGCCCCUGGCUGAGGUUCCCGUGGGUUGGGGGACGCGGGGCAGGGGGUGGACACGCCCUGGGGUGUAGGCUCAGCUCGGGCCCUGACUGUGGCUGGGGGUCCGGCAAGAGGCCGUCCACCCCCUGUGCCUCGCGAGCCCCGCGGGCGGAGGGAACAGCAAGCCAGAGGAGGGCGAAGGCCCUGCUCCCAGGCUGGGUCAGGAGGUGGUGUGAGGGGUGCGGCUGCUCCGCGGAGUGGGGGGAGGGUGGGAAACCGGGGGACCCUCGUCCUCAAGGACUCGGCCUGCAGCCCCCUUUAAUCAGCUGCUCGGGCACCGAAGUCCCCCUUGGCUGCCGGCUGCUCCCGGUUGUGGCAAAGGCGGUUUCCGUCAGGAUGUUCUGUCCUUCCGUCUUCUACCCACGGUUACGGGUUUUAAAGACCCGACAGCGGAGCCGUGGGGGAGUGGCCCUUUCCCGGAACUUGCCUCUCCUGACACCGAGAGU